UAGCCAUGCGGACGCGAACGAUACUGCAUAUUGCGUUGCUAUUGUUGAUAAUCUGCAUCUGUCAUAGAUUAGCCCAAGCGCAAAUAAAUUAUCGUUUAAGUAAUGAUAUUAUACCAGAGGCGUAUAAUAUUACAAUAAAACCGUAUCUGUUGGUCGAAGACGAAGAAAACUUAUUUAAAUAUGAAGGUGAAAUACAAAUAAAAUUGCAUGCGAUCGUGUCUGAAGUGCGGGAAAUCACAUUGCAUAAAGGCAUUGGAGUUAUUUUAACGGCUGCUGCUUUUUACGACAGUACCAAUAAAAAAAUCUAUUUAAAUAUAGAAAGUUUCGUUUUUGAUCAAGUAACCGAUAAAUUGACAAUUAGACUUGAUAAUGCUCUAACCGUAAAUGCUGCAGUAACGCUUCAUUUUGAAUUCAAUGGUAAAAUCAGAACCAAUCUGACGGGAUUAUAUCGCACGAAAUAUAUAGAUGAGAAUGAAAAUCUGAAAUGGAUUGCUGCAACACAAAUGUACACUAUAAACGCCAGAACUGUAUUUCCAUGUUUUGAUGAACCAGCACUGAAAGCCAAAUUUCGAAUGCAAAUAAGCCGUCCCAAGGAAUUCAACUCUGUUUUCAACACUAGACUCAUUAAAACCGAAGUUGAUGGUGAAAAUCGAUAUAUGGAUUACUUUGAGGAAACACCACUCAUGUCGACUUACUUAGUGGCAUUUAUUGUAUCUGAUUUUGUUACAACCGGCAAUACGGAUUUUUCGAUUAUUACACGUUCAGCGUACAAAAAUUACACCGGUUUCAGCUUUGAAGUAGGAUUGAAAGCUGUUGCUGCAUAUGACAAUUUCACACAAUUGCCCUAUAAGGAUCUUGGAAAUACGAUUUUACAAAAUGCGGGUAGCCCAGAUCUUCCUUACAAUGCAAUGGAAAAUUGGGGUCUUGUAAUUUAUAAGGAAUCCGUUUUGGUCAAUGAGCCAGGUUACACUGAUGGUUGGGCAAAUAAGCAAUACACUUUGACGGUUUUAGUACAUGAAAUCGCUCACAUGUGGUUCGGUAAUAGCGUUACCUUUGCUUGGUGGAGUUAUUUUUGGUUGAAUGAAGGAUUCGCACGUUACUAUCAGUAUUUUAUGGCACAUGAGUUAUACCCAGAAUAUCAAUUGGAUCAGCAGUUUGUGAUAAAUCAAAUGCAUUUUAUUUUUGGCAUUGACGCUGUAAAUACAACCCAACCACUGACUAUCCCUGAGGGCAGUGUCCAAUCUCCUUCAGAAAUUGAAAAUACAUUUAGUAUUAUUGCUUAUGCAAAAGGUGCGUCCAUAAUUAGAAUGAUACGUAAUUUAAUGGGUUCAGAUAACUUUGACAAUGCGAUACGACAAUAUUUAAAAGAAAAUCAUUUGAAAAAUGUUCGACCACAAGAUCUGUUCACUCGGCUUAAGGCACAUUGGCCGACAGACCAAGUUCUCAACCUAGAUAACUUUUUCUACGAUUGGACUGAGAAAGUGGGGUAUCCAUACGUAUUCGUACGCUUAGAUAAUAAUGGAAGUGACGUUUAUAUAGAACAACACCGUUUCUUAUUCGAUCCCAUAGAAGGAAGUAAUCCAAACCUUUAUUACACAAUACCUAUAACCUUCACAACUGAUAAACAAAAAAAUUUUAAUGAUUUAAAACCGAAGUUUUAUAUGGACAAUUCCGGAAUCAGUGCUUCGCGAAGUCUGGAGGAUAAUGCUGAGUGGAUUAUUUUCAAUUUACAGCAAUCUAACUACUACCGUGUGCUCUAUGAAGAGAAAAUACUAAUCAACAUCAGAAAAGCACUACUUCAGAAAAAUCAUAGUGACAUUCCCGUCAUCAAUCGUGCACAACUGGUGGAUGAUUUGUUUAAUUUUGCACGUAACGGAUCAGUUAGCUAUGAUAGAGUCAUUCAGUUCAUGGAAUAUUUGGCAUUUGAAACAGAAUAUUUACCUUGGUAUGCUGCCUUCUCCGGAUUUGAGCAUGUAGCAAAGCGGUUACCAUUGAAGAGACAAAAAGAUUUUGGUGACUUUUUAAAAGAAAUUACGGAAGCAGUUUAUAAAAAAUUAGGCUUUGUGAAUAAAGAUAAUACCAUACUUGAUGUUUAUAACCGUAACAAGGUAAUAAAUUGGGUAUGCAAGUAUGGAAUUGAAGAUUGUAACAAGAUAGCACAAGCUCAAUUUGAUAAUGUCAUCAAUACAAAUGUGAAGCCUUCAGCCGAUUUUCGAGAAACACUCUAUUGCAGUGCCGUACGAAGCUCUUCUUAUAGGUAUUAUGAAACUUUAUUUAAUUGGUUUACAGCUGAAAACGUGACUACUGAAAAAGAGUUACUGGCACGUUCACAAGGUUGUACACGACUUCACUAUAAAGCACAUUUCGAACGAAUUAUGAAGCGUGCCAUACCAGGUGAUUACAGAGUCAUGACUCUAAAAUCUUUAUAUGGAGAAAAUCCAGAAAAUGUAGAACCUGUUUUUGAUCUUAUGCUCUAUGAUAUUGAAGAGUUAUCCAAAACACUUGGAGGGUGGCCCGUUGUAGCGGAUGUUAUUAGUGAUAUAGCAGACUAUUUUACUACUAUAGAACAACAAAGGAAAUUGGAGACUUUUGUUAAGAACAAAGGAGAACUUUUCGGAACUUCAAAAGUUACUUUAGAUAGAGCUGUAAACAAAGUUGCUAGUAACUUGCUAUGGACCGAAAAUAAUUUCGGUGUACUCUACACUUAUUUCGAUGAAAGAGAUAAUGCUGGGAUAAAUCAACAGAUAUCGAUGUUAGUUAUUUGCCUUAGUGUUCUACUAAAUUUCUUCCGAUAA